AUGCAAGUGUACAUUAAGUUUUUACUUAUAUUGAGCUUUGCCUUGAAUUUGGCUUUUUGUGAUUUAUCACCACAGGAAACAAGUACAACAAAUCGAUCGUUGGAUAUUGCAUAUAGAGCACAAAGAGAUGUCUCGCGUCCAAUACCCAUAGAUCAGCAAUCAUCUCCCGGGUUUUCAUUAAAUUCAUUAUUUGAAAAUAAAGGCUAUACGAUGGAAAGCGUUUCUAAUUUAACAGAGUUGCUUCAGUUGGGUGCAAGGACUAUCUCAAUCGAUCUAUACUGGAAUGAGUUUACUUCAAUAUGGCAGCUCUGUCCAGCGCCGUUCCCCAAAAAUAUGACAUAUGAUAUGAACAAUGUGAUGAACUUGACUUGGGAGAAUAAGACAUACACAUGCCAAGUAGGUCUCACGACGAACAAUAUCAUGUCCAGUCUAUACAACUUUAUCUCAUCAACAAACACAAAAUUUGAUGCCAACUUUUUCCACUUGAUAUUGAACUUAAAGUCGAUUCACUAUGAAAAAUCAAACAGAACUAUGGCCCUAGAGAACAUCUAUUUCCCUAAUUCCGAAAUCAAUCUAAUGGGUAAUUCUACACUUGGUGAUAUAUUAGCGCCAAUUUCUUCCUACAUUUUCACCCCGGAAGUCCUCGCAUCUUAUAGAGAGCGCAAGCUGGCAGAGGUAGACAAUUCAGAAUCCCAAGUAUUUUAUGCUCAAUCGAACUUUACAAUGCCAUCAUUGAACACUGUGCUAUUUGGAGAAUACAAACGACUUUUGGUGAAUGUUUUAUCAAACGAAUUGGUCGAUUCGCGCAGAGUAUACAAGACAAAUAGUCAAGAUGAAAAAACAAUUUUUCUAAAAGGCACCUUGCCUUCUACAGUUUUCAGUUCUGCAGAAGCGGACGCAUUCUGUGCUAAAGUUUUACCGGACCACAAUAGCAGGAGUGUAAUCCCAUUCAACGACACGAUUUCCUUUUACAACAACAUCUCAUUAUCUACACACUUUCGUUAUGUGAUUGACAGUGAUGCAAAACCGUUUGCUUUGGAAGAUUUGAGCCGUUAUGUGAGGUGUGGGUUGUCGCCAAUUUUGAAUGCCAAAUCAUACCACACAACAGAGGAGACGUUGUUGGAUGUUGAACAUGUAUAUCGAGAUUUCGCUUCGUACUUCUUUUGGUCAUGGAAAUCAGGCGAGCCAAGAAUCCUGCUGGAAUCUACUGACUUAAGCAGACUGUCAAGUGAUGGAAGCAAUGUGGCGUAUAAGUGUGUCGUUUUGAACGUAGAAGGUUGGGAUGUUGCAGAUUGCUACACUGAGUAUCAGAUAGCAUGCCAAAAUCAAACAGGACCCAACGAUUGGUAUAUUCCGCCUCACAAUAGAAAGAACUAUUUUGAAAUAGACAAAGAUGAUUGUCCCCCGGGCUAUUCCCUCGGCGUCCCGAGGCUGAGCUUUGAAAUGGCAGCUUUGUACAGUGCGAUUUUGGAUCACGAUGCGACUAUACCAGUGUGGAUUGACUUGAAUGACAUUACAGUUUCAUCAUGUUUUGUUUCUGGUGGACCCUAUGCUCAGUGUCCUUACCAAAGAACAGUCACCACUACAAAGUUUGCAAGAAUGAUUGCACCGAGUUCGAUAGUCAGCUUAGUGAUAUUAAUCUUGAUAUUUUUAGAGAAGAUUCUCCGCAAGAACACCCUUCAAACUAAUCGAAAAAAGUAUUGGAAGAAAGUAAUAGCAGAACAUUAUCUGAAACAUGAAUAUGAAGGAGUGCCGUCAUAG